AUGGUUUCAGCAAAUCUCAACCAUCUUGUUACCUCAUUGCAUGCAGAAGCCGGAGUGCAAGCACAAGCAGGAGUGCAGGGACAACCUGGAGUACAGGCACAAGCGGGAGUGCAGGCACAAUCAGGAGUGCAGGCACAAUCAGGAGUGCAGGCACAAGCAGGAGUGCAGGCACAAGCAGGAGUGCAGGCACAAUCAGGAGUGCAGGCACAAUCAGGAGUGCAGGCACAAGCAGGAGUGCAGGCACAAGCGGGAGUGCAGGCAGAAUCAGGAGUGCAGGCAGAAUCAGGAGUGCAGGCACAAUUAGGAGUGCAGGCACAAUCAGGAAUGCAAGCACAAUCAGGAGUGCAGGUACAAGCAGGAGUACAUGCAGUAGUGGAAGUAGAGGCAGAAGAAGGAGAACUGGUGGAAGAAGGAGAACUAUUGGAAGAAGGAGUACUGGUAGAAGAAGGAGAACUAGUAGAAGCAGAACUACAGGCAGUCGGACAACCGGUGGCUGGUGCUGCAGAAGAUGGACCCGAUGAGCCGGCCACACCAGAUGAGCUGGUCGAACUAUCGGCCAAGGUUAUAGAGGCCUACCGCCGCAACCAAAGGGGCACCUGGCGCAGGCGUGGCGGUCGCCUGUGGACGCCGCCAUCACCCAGAAGUAUCAGUUUGAAACUCCAACAACACUACGACGAUGUCAGCAGAUCAAUCCUCGCCUAUGGCAGCGCCAAACAACAGCGGAACCAAUGGUUGCACCUCAAGUCGAUCCACACAUCCCCCCAAUGGAUGACCACCCCCCUACCGAACAUCAAUUCGCAAUGGCCAGUCUUGGUCGAUUGUUACAUGCUAGUGCCACUCGGGCAAGAGGGCAUCCAAUGGGCGACGUCGAAGUUGAAGAGGAUUUAGGCAAUGACGCAGAUAUUCCUGACGACUAGUCAAUAAUUUGUAAAUAAAUACCGUCCCUGUGAAUAUUACUAAUUGUGGAUAAAAUGUACAAAUUUAACUUAUCUUUGAAUAAAAUACAUAUCUGUGAAUAAAAUGCA